CCGCUCUCUAAAGUACAACGCAAGAUCAUCCUUUUUCGGCAUACGCAAUUGCAAUUGAUCCCCCACUAUCGUUUGCUCCAGCUUGUUUUCUCUCAUUCCGGGGAAACAUCCUGAAUGCAUGAUAUUGCAAUUGAUGAUCUCGGUGAUAACGAUCCUUCGGCUUGCAGAUCAACAAGGGUGCACGAGGUGCGGUACGGAUCGAGUCAAUGUUCCGCUGCAAGGUCUGGGAAUGUUUGAGUAGCCUAGUGCGGGGUAGAGCCAGCUUGUUCGGAUGUUGGAGGCGGAUUUGUUUUGCUGUCAGAUCGCCCCGAAGGAUAGUAAUAGGAAGAAAUUAAUUGUUUAUUAUAUUCAUAUAUUUGAAUCAAGGAACAGUACUUUCGCAAUCUUCAUCAAGCCUUUCGUUGUUCUUUCCAUUGUUGACAAACAGUGGAUUGACAGAAGCGAGAGCCUAAUUCCAAAGCUCGCUUGGGCUGGGGUUAAAAGUAACUAGUUUCUUGACGCAUGUCUUAAAGUUCAACAAACGUGAUUGCCACGUUUCUGCAACAUGCCACAUUUACCGGAAAGCCGGUUCCCCGAAUGCGAUAGAAUUCCCCCCUAUUGCGUCCAGGCUGGAUACUUUCAAUAAUUCCAGGUUUUCGAGAAAGCCAAGGAAAGUCUGAGCAAUCUUCCAGUCGGUUGGAAUAUUGACGUAUUUAGAGCUUCCAAAAUCACGCCCUCCUCUGUUCUUUCCUUGGAAAGCCGUACCUGCAGCUGCUCAGGGUCUUUCGAGUAGCGAUUGGCCGGCUCAAGUGAGAUACCAGGUGCGCCGGCGCUGGACCUCAAAUCAGGUAAGUCAGUAUGCAAUGCAGGCUGGGUAUGGAUAAAGCAGGAGUCAUGUAUACCCCAAUUUUAGUGUGAAGUAACUUCACGUCCUGGAGCUGCCUAUAAGUACUCGAACCUUCCCUGAGGUCUGCCACUUGCUUUUAAAUCUCCUCCACCAAAAUUCGUCGAAUGUGCCUUCACUUCGGAUCAAUCUACGCGCUCAUCCCUAGCUGAGCUGAAUCGACAUCAUGGGGAAAUUCAUGUUUCUUCCUUUCUUGGCUCUGCUAGCCACCGCAACAGCAGAUGUUGCAGCAAAGGCUAUCUACGAUUACAUUGUGGUAGGCUCUGGGCCUGCUGGUGGACCUCUCGCUGCAGAAUUGGCGAAAAAGGGUGCUUCGGUACUCCUCCUAGAAGCAGGCGAUGAUCAAGGCGAAAACCUACAUGUCCAGGUUGCACAAUGGGGCUCAUUGGCGAACAACGACCCGCUUCUGCGCUGGGACUUUUUCGUCAAGUACCAUACGGAUGACAGCAUUACCAACAAAUAUGAACAUCUAGUCUGGAAUACAACCGAUGGACAAUUCUAUGUUGGAACCCAGCCACCUGCUGGUGCGAAGCGACUCGGAGUGUAUUACCCUCGAGCCGGUACAUUGGGAGGCUGCUCUACCCACAAUGUACAAUGUGCCGUUCUGCCUGCGGAAAGAGACUGGAAUGAGAUUGCAAAUAUUACGGGGGAUAGUUCUUGGAGUGCCGACAAGAUGCGCAAGUAUUUCAUCCAGCUCGAGAACGAUCAUACUGUACCCAAAGGCACUCCUGGUCAUGGAUUCAAUGGCUUUCUCGAUAUCAGCUUGAACGACGGCGAAUCGCUCAGAAACCAAACGGAAGCACAAGAAGUUCUGAAAGCCGCCGCGAAAGUUAUGGGACAAGAUCCAAACAAAGUCUUCGAGCUGUUGCAAACUGAUAUGAACAACGCAAGUCCAGAUAGAGAUCAGCAAGUUGGACUUCGUGGAUUCCCAUCCCACAGAAACCCCAUGGGACGUCGUGUCUCAGCUCGCGAUGCUGUCGUGCAGGUAAUGAACGCCAAGAACAAAAAUGGGAAGCCCAAGUAUAACUUCACUGUGGGAAUGGAGUCAUUCGUUACAAAGAUCCUGUUCGAUACUUCCGCCAAAACAUAUGGAACUCCUCGAGCAAUUGGCGUCGAGUACCUUGCUGGAAAGAGCAUGUACCAGGCCGACCCGCGAUACAAUCCAUCAGUCGCAGGAGUCAAGAAGCAAGUCUAUGCAAAACGUGAAGUCAUCGUUGCAGGUGGAACGUUCAACUCACCUCAGAUUCUUAAGCUCAGCGGUAUCGGCCCCAAGGCAGAGCUGAAGAAGUUCAACAUUCCAGUUCUCGUGGACCUUCCCGGUGUGGGGAAGAAUCUCCAGGACAACACCGAAAUGGGCGUUGUUGCUGAAGCUUCAACAAAUUUCACGAACAAGGCUUCUGCUUGCACCUACGGAGCACCUGGUGAUCCGUGUCUCGAGGAGUGGUUUCAGGGAAAAGGACCAUAUGCUAUUGGUCCGCUCGACGCACUCAUGUUCAAGUCCAGCGUUGCGGCAUUCAAUGAGCGAGACAUAUUCUUCUUUGGACUCCCAGGAGCUGUAUUCCAAGGUUACUGGCCUGACAAGACCGUCAAUGUGGUUCCAGGGUUCAAGCCUAGCUCGUUCGAUUGGUCUAUGGUCAAGAUCCACCCGAAUGGUCGUCUAGGGACGGUUGAGCUCGUGUCCGGCAAUCCCCGAGAGGUUCCGGAUAUCAACUUCCGAUUUUUUGAAGAACCCGGGGCGGAUAAGGAUCUUCAAGCUUUGGCCGAGGGAAUUGAGUUGGGCCGUAAGAUCUUUGAUUCCAUGGGUGCACCUUUUAAGCCAUGGACCGAGCAACUUCCCUGCAAGGGCAACCGCAAUUGCAACGUCAAGGAAGAGAUCAAGGCCCAAGCAUGGUCUCAUCAUGCAACCAGUACAUGUUCCAUUGGAGCUGAUAGUGAUCCAAUGGCAGUUUUGGACAGCUCAUUCAGAGUGAGAGGAGUCAACGGACUAAGAGUUGUUGAUGCAUCUUCGUUCCCAAGAACGCCAGGAGCUUUCCCAGUUAUACCAGUCUUCAUGAUCGGGCUCAAAGCUGCGGAUGUGAUAUUUGCUAAUCCUGCUGCGGCAUGGCAGUAAAAUUUGGUAUAGAUACACAUAUUGGAAACAGAGAAUGUACAGGAAAAGUUACUAGCGCUCGCAAAUACACUGAUGAGUGAGAUUGAAAUUCAAAUCCUUCAUAGGUUCUUCUAAGUGACAAUCCAGCAAAGAUGAGACCCUUAGCACCUUCCCUUAACAGCUUCCUAGCAGGAUGGUCGACAGAUACCCAAAUCACCAGUGAGACCGCAUCGGAAACCAGUAGACGAGCUUUUGUCUCCUUUAAUACCAUUUUGUCAGAAGUGUACCCAUUUUCGAGAAGUGACGUGAAGCUUACGAUAACACCCCAGCUGGCGAUGAGUGCCAGGAUCGCACGCGCAACAGUCUGUUUGUAACCUGCAUUCUCCUACACAAUGUCUUGGCAUAGUAGCUGCGCAUACAAGUUGGCUAUCUAUAGCGAGGACAAGAAGUACCUCUGUUGCCUUUGGCUCCUAGAACGCUUGGGAGCAUGAAAGCGAAGAUAGCGGCGAGUUUGAUGAGGGCGACCAUUUUGGGCGAUGAUGAGGUUGAUGGAAGAAUUAGUUGAUGGAAGUAUUAGUUGAUGGAUAUUUGAUGAAGUAGAGAGCUGUUGUGAUGAUUGAAUCUGACUUGAAGGGUAUAUGAUGGUCAAUUAUAUAGAUUCCAGACUCUAGUGUUUGCCACACUCCCCCCCCCUAAACAAACGUUAAAGGCGUACUUUUGUGAAUCAAAGGCCUAGUAAGACUAUUGUUACC